AUGGAGACCCCUACCAUGCGCCAGCGUUUCGAAGAAUAUAUCUUCGGCCUCCAAGAGGAGAUCAUUACUUCCUUUGAAACGCUUGAUCCCAAUGCUCCAAAAUUCAAGCGUGACUCUUGGUUACGAGCACAUCAGGGCGGAAAGGGUGUAUCAGGCGUCUUCUUCGCUCCUCCUCCCACAGAUGCAUCACCCGGACCACAAACAAUCCUAGAGAAAGCUGGUGUCAACAUAUCUGUCGUACAUGGCAUGCUCCCCCCUGCCGCAAUCAAAGAAAUGCGUGCAGAUCACUCCUCCAUCCCGUACGACGAAAAAACUAGUCUUCCAUUUUUUGCGGCUGGAAUAAGCCUCGUCGUGCAUCCUCGCAAUCCCCAUGCUCCCACUGUGCACGCCAAUUAUCGGUAUUUCGAGAUCUCGGAGAAAGCCUCGGAGGGUGAGGGAACUGGCAAGGUUGUUGCAUGGUGGUUCGGAGGAGGCUCUGAUCUCACGCCAUCGUACCUCUACGAUGAAGAUGCACGUCACUUCCAUACGACGUUGCAAAAUGCCUGCAACCAACAUGGCAGCGAACUAUACCCUGUGUUCAAGAAGUGGUGUGACGAAUAUUUCUAUAUUGUCCACCGUCAAGAAACUAGAGGGGUCGGAGGUCUCUUCUUUGACGAUCUCAGCACUGAGAAGCAUGCUCGGCUCUCAGAUGACGUCAAACGACCUCGAUCGUCAGAGGAGAUCUUUGACUUCAUAAAAGCAGUGGGAAAUUCGUUUGUCCCCUCCUACUUGCCCAUUCUUGAGCGUAGGAUGUCGAUGCCGAGCACCGACCAACAAAGACGCUGGCAGCUGUUACGCAGGGGGCGUUACGUCGAAUUCAACCUUGUGUACGACAGAGGCACAAAGUUUGGGUUGAAAACGCCUUCUGCGCGUAUUGAAAGCAUCUUGAUGAGCCUUCCGGAGACUGCAAGGUGGGAGUAUAUGACGGACAUGGGAUCAGACCUGGAGAGUGAGGAAGGGCGGUUGAUGGCAGUUUUGAAACAGCCCAUCGAUUGGGCUGGGUUGGAGAAUUUGUAG